GAAGAAAACUGGGGAAUGGAAUUAGAAUGUGGGGGUGAAGAAAACAACGAUUUCCUCGUUCCUAUUUUUUCCCUUUAAAAUUUGUGCUUUUCUUGCUGGAAGAUACUCGUACGAGUCGUAUCGGAGGAAGAGAGACAUGACAAAACACCCAAAAAUGGAUUUAAUUCUGAGCGAAAGAAAAUUUUUAACUGUAAAUAGUUAUUGCAACAAGCAACCCCAUACGCCAAACUUAAACAGAAAUUCUUCGUUUCUGUCUCUUCAUCUUCAUCUUCAUCCAAAAUUUCCCCGAUUUUCUAUGUGGGUUUGGUUUUUAAUUAUGUGUUGAUUAACGAACCUCUGGAAUUUAUGUAACCUGUCUUGAUCUUACCAUUGUUUUGUGCUUCAAUCUUGUUUAAGCUUCGAUGGGUUUCUCUUUUUGGGUCGGUAUAUGCCGAAAUUUGGCAGUAGGGCACAGCCGCGGAGAGAGAUGCGGGGGAUGAGAUAAGCAAAGCGAAGGAAUCCAAGAAAUCUACGCCAUGGAAGAAGAAUUGGGUAACGUUAUGCAUUCGGAGGAGAACAAAGAUUCAACCGAAAAGAACAAGAAACGGAAGCUCAAGACACCUACCCAGGUGAUCGCUUUAGAGAAGUUCUAUAACGAACAUAAGUAUCCUACAGAGGAAAUGAAAUCACAGCUCGCCGAGCAGCUGGGUUUGACUGAGAAGCAAAUAUCUGGAUGGUUUUGCCACAGAAGAUUAAAAGACAAGAGAUUUUGUGAAACGUAUACGAGUGUACGACAGGAUCGUUCGAGUGGUGUCAUUCAAGACCUUGGCAGUGGGCUUGCACAAGAUUCAUGUGGUAGCACAAAAAAUGGAGACUAUUGGUAUAUCGAUCCUCGGGAAGUUGAAAGCCAAAAGCCUUAUGGCCAUGAACUAGCUACCGAUAAUGUCCUUGAGCGGAGGAGUCAGUAUACCGAAAAUGUUAGUAAUAUGGAUAAUACGCCUUCGGAAAGCAGCUCGUCUUUAAAAGAUAGGGUAUUAUCUCAAAGUGAGAAUCCAUAUGAUACAGAAGUUUCUCAGUAUUUAACACAUGAGGGUGCUAUUCCCUCAUCAAAUCCAAAGGCUUUAAACUCCCUGCGGUAUAAACCAUCUGGCUAUUUAAAAGUGAAGGGCGAAGCAGAAAAUGCUGCUAUUACUGCUGUUAAGAGACAGUUGGGCGUGCAAUAUCGGGAGGACGGUCCACCGCUUGGUGUGGAAUUCCAGCCACUUCCUCCUGGUGCGUUCGAGUCCCCAGCUAAAGGUCCAAUCCAUGAUUCAUACUAUACUGGGAAUCAUCCUAUACUUCCUCGUUCUCCAGAAAUAUCGACAACGAAGAAACAAAGAGCUCUUGGCUCUAGGUAUGAAGUACACAGUUCGAAUAUGAGUUCUCAGGACUCGUAUAUGGAGGAAGCAGUCCCGACCAGCGCUACAUGUAGACCCGAGUGUCACGACAAGAAUUCUAUGAACCAAUUAAAGAAAGGUUCCAAUUAUUACAACAAAACCGACCCUUUUCCCCCGCAGAACUCUCCGUUGAAUAUGUACGAGGAAUCUGGUGGGUUGACAUUAUCCAGUAGUAGCAAACGGGAUCAUAGAAUAAACUCUAGCUAUAACAUUCCUAGUAGUAGAACUGAUUCUGUUUCCAACAAUCAUGGGUCCUGUUCUUCAAAAGUUGCUAAUGAACAGACAGAGAUGCAGCUGCAUAACCAUGGUUGCGUUGGCUCGAAGAGUUUCUAUAGGAGCGGUAAAACGAUGGCAAAGGAAAUGUUCAAUGGAGAAGAAAAGACAGUAAAUGGAAGUAGUGAUCCAGUUAGAGGGAAGAUCCUACCAACAAAGGACAUGGCUGUUGCAAAUCGAUGUCCGUUGGAUUUUCCUCGGUCGAAUUACGCUGCAAAAUCAUCCUUUUCUGGAAAACCGGGGCGGAAAAAUCAUGCUAGAAGAUCCACGACGGAGAUGCUAUACAGCUUCACUGUCGAUGAAGCGGAAGAUACGAGUUCAUCGUUGGAUUGAACAACAGUAGAGUUUCGCUGGGUCUAGAGAUUCAGAGUACAUAGUUUGGAAUUACUGUAAAUUGGGUAGCAAUAUUAGUAGGUUGCAGUAAACCUUAGGCAGAUUCUGGCUAUCAGCCUCCCUCCUUCACCCUAUCCCCUCUCUUGUGUACAAGUACAGAGCCUGCAUUUUAUAACUGUCUUUCUGAGGGAAACUCUAUUUGUUUUUGUGCGUGGAUCUCCGUAUCGGGUUUUCGGGUUGCGUCGAUUUGUACUUCUGUAAUGUUGUUUGAUUGACAGAGAAGCAUCGACAAUGUAUCAUAACUGCAUCGUCCAUUUGUAACUCGACAGCUUUAAAUGUAUGAUUCCGAUUGAAAUGUUGUGAUUGUUCA